AUUUCGCCGGUCUGCGCCGGAAGUGCUCGUGUCACCUGACCGGAAAAGUCUUUUCUGCCUGGCAACCCGGAACUUCCAGAAAGCCAGUUGGAGGCGAAAUGGGUUGCGAUGGAGGAACCAUCCCAAAACGGCACGAACUGGUGAAGGGCCCUCGUAAGGUGGAGAAGGUUGACAAAAAUGCAGAAUUAGUAGCCCAAUGGUACUAUUGCACUCUAAGUCAAGAAAAGUUAAGCAGACCUAUAGUAGCUUGUGAACUUGGCAGGCUUUACAACAAAGAUGCAGUCAUUGAAUUUUUGCUGGAUAAAUCUUCUGAUAAAGUCCUUCUGGAGGCUGCAUCCCAUAUCAAGAGUAUUAAGAAUGUCAUGGAAUUGAAUCUCUCAGACAAUCCAGCUUGGACUGGUGACAAGGGUAAUACAAAAGGAGAUAAAUAUGCUGACAUCCAAAGUGCACGUUUUAUUUGCCCUGUAGUUGGAUUGGAAAUGAAUGGAAGGCAUCGCUUUUGCUUCCUACGUAACUGUGGGUGUGUAUUUUCUGAACGUGCUCUCAAGGAAAUUAAAACGGAAACUUGUCACAAGUGUGGGGUCCCCUUUCAAGAUGACGAUGUGAUUGUCCUUAAUGGCAGUAAAGAGGACGUAGAGAUGCUAAAGAAAAGAAUGGAGGAGCGAAAGCUGAAAAGUAAAUUAGGGAAGAAGUCUAAGAAAUCUAAAGCAGUAGAGACCAUUGUGAAAUCGGAAGCCGCUGAAGAUUCACAGAGUCCAUCUCAAGUAAAUACUGCAAAAGAUAUUACGCAAACUGGAGAAAAGAGAAGCAUUGCCUUCUGCAAGAGUACAGUCAGUGAAAAAGCACCAUCUUUCUCUGAAAAAAGCAUCAAAGGUGCAACAGAACCUGUGAAGAGGUCCUCUGUAGCCAGUGGGGAGAAAUCAGAAGCGUACAAGUCUAUUUUUACUUCCCACAGCUCGGCCAAACGCUCUAAGGAAGAGUCUUCCAAUUGGAUCACACACACCGCGUACUAUUUCUGAAAUAGAAAAUUUUAUGAUUUCGAGCAUGCCCUGCUUUUUGCCACCUGUUGCUUUCUUCUUAUAGAAGCUUUUGUUUUAGGAAAUAGUGCUCUUUUCAAUAACGAAACAGCUUCAAAAACAAACCAACAUAGUUUUGAAGAGGAGAUCAUUAAAAAAGGUAGCUAAACUUGGAUUUUAAAGGGCAUCUACUUUGAGUAAGUACUCAUCAUAAAAAUGAUUGCUUGAUGUCCUUUUAGAAGUGAGGAACUGCUUAUUUCAACUAGGUUCUGCUUAAUCUGAAUAAUUAGGCUGCAUCUGAGUACAUAGCCACAGUUGGUAUCUUGUAAGCAUUUUCUAUCAAUUUACUUUAGUAGGAAUUUUCAAAAUUGUGAGUAGAAAGAUAGAGGCCAGGAUUACAUCAACCUAUUCGAUUUUUGUCUAGAUUUGUUACAGAUGCCACUUGAGACAUUUCCCUAUCCUGUUGUCAAAAUGUGAGAUUAAUUUAAUAGGUCCUAAUCCUGAAGAUGAUUCAUGAACAAAAUGUCCAAGAACGUUUGUGGAGUGAUGAGCCACCAUCACACUUUUGCAGUCUUUAUUCUAGCUUGUUCAUCUUUCGUGAUAUAGCUCUUGUUGAUCUAAGAGUUCUUAUAUUGCUGAUUGUUUUAAAUUAUCACCUUAAUUCUG